ACCUAACUUUACAAUUUAGGGCUUGAAAUUGAAUUCAUUGUUCCCACUCAUUUAUGUUGUGAGAUAUUUAGAAUAUAUUGGUAUUGGUUGUCUUCAAUUUAUCAAGGCACAAAGAGCUUGAAAUGAGUUUUAAGGAAACACCGAAGAAAGCCGGUGCUCCCCAAAUUGUUAAGCUGGACACGGCAUUGAAAUUGGCUGAGGUAUGGGUAAAUAAUAUGAGCAAGGGUACAGAUGAUGAAACAACAAAUGCGGAUAUAGAGAGUCGACCUUCUAGGCUUGGUCUAGGUGCAAAAGUUUCACGCCAAUCCAAAGUUGGUCCUUCAGAUGACCCUGUUGAAAGGAAAUUGUAUGCCAAAUUAAAUGCUGGAAAAAGAAAAGCAGCCAAUAUUGCUAAAGAGUCUACCACAAUUGCAAGAGAUGUUCUGGAUGACUAUGAAGACGAUGAAGAUGUUGAAAGCAGAACUAAUGCAUUUGCUAAGAGGAAGGCAACAGUUCCUUUCACCUCAUGUAUACUAGGAAAUAAGAAGAAGAAGUGACAUUUACUAAUAUGAGUUGUGUUUUUUUUUUUUUUACUUUAAGGCUGAGUUAUAUCACUUAUUUUGCAUUUGACUUGUUGACAUGUUGGCUUCAACCUAAUGUAACACAUUUUUUUUUAAAAUAAGGUCAUUAGGCAUUUCAUGGAAUGUAGUUA